AUGACAUUUCGUAAUCUUUCAAGUGACGAAGUUAAUUUCAUGAUUUAUAGAUAUCUUCAGGAAUCUGGCUUUAAACACAGCGCCUUUUCUUUUGCUAGUGAAAGUAAUGUACAAUCGUGUGGUAUUAGAGGAGCAGAAGUUCCACCAGGAGCCUUGAUUUCCUUCCUUCAAAAAGGUAUACAAUACCUUGAAGUUGAAACUAAACUACGAAACAAGAGUGAUCAACAAGUACAAUUUGAUACUGUAUUUGAAAUGCUUUUACCAGAUGUACCUAAAGAAAACUUAAAGGAAACCAAUUCUUCAUCAAAUUCUUCCAAUCCAACAAAUCCUAAUAACACAACCACUACAGCUUCUACUACUUCUACUACUAAUACCACACAACGACGAAAGAAUUCAUCCAGCGAAAAAGCCAAUGUUAGAACAAGUUCUAAUGCUAAUGGUAAUAGCGGAACCAAUUCUUCUGGACGUCCAUCAAAGAAACAAAAACAAAAUACUACAACACCUGCAACUACAAGUAGUACUGCUGUUACUACUAGUGGAACAUCAUUGGCCAGUAAUGGUUCACACAAUAGUUUGGCAACUCAUGAUGAAGAGAGUGCUGCCGUUAUGGUUAUUGAUGAAGGACAUUUGUAUCAUUCUGAAGCCAAUACUAGUACAAUAAUACCUGAUAGUCUUGUUACUAAACUGAAAGGACACACUCAUGAAGUUUUUAUUUGUGCUUGGAAUCCUGCUCGUAGCAAUGUUUUGGCAUCAGGAUCUGGUGAUUCCACUGCUAGGAUUUGGGAAUUGGUUAAAGAUGAAGUUGGUCCUAGGGCAGCUCCUCUUCAUCCACUUGUUUUAAAUCACGGAGAUAAUACAGCUACAGGAGAGCUUCAAGCUUCAACUAAGGAUGUCACAACUCUUGAUUGGAGUGGAGAUGGUAAAAGGCUUGCAACUGGUUCAUAUGAUGGUAAAGCUAGGAUUUGGUCUGAAGAUGGUAGACUCAGAUGUAUUUUGGAUCAACACAAGGGUCCAAUCUUUUCACUUAAAUGGAAUAAGGCAGGAAAUUAUCUUUUAUCUGGUUCAGUUGACAAUACUUCAAUUGUAUGGGAUGUUGAAAAUAAUCAAGUUAAACAACAAUUUGCUCAUCACUCUGCACCAACAUUGGAUGUUGAUUGGAGAACUAACACCUCUUUUGCUACAUGCUCAACUGAUAGAAUGAUUUAUGUUUAUGAAUUGGGUACAAGUAACCCAACCAGAACAUUUUCUGGACACGAAGAUGAAGUCAAUGCUAUUCGAUGGAGUCCAAAUGGUAAACUUUUGGCUUCAUGUUCUGAUGACUUUACAGCCAAGAUUUGGUCCUAUGAUAGUCAAAAAUGUGUCUGGGACUUUAAGGAACACACAAAGGAAAUUUACACAAUCAAAUGGAGUCCAACAGGUCCUGGAACUGAUUAUCCUAAUAAGAAUACAGUUUUGGCAAGUGCUUCAUUUGAUGCUUCUAUCAAGUUGUGGGAUCCUAUUGCCGGAAAAUGUUUACAUUCACUCACAAAACAUACUGAUCCUGUAUAUUCUGUAGCUUUCAGCCCUGAUGGUAAAUAUUUAGCAAGUGGGUCCUUUGAUCGUUAUUUGCACAUUUGGUCAGUUCAUGAUGGUAAAUUAGUAAGGACAUAUCAUGGAAGUGGUAGUAUUUUUGAAGUUUGUUGGAAUGCAACUGGUGAUAAGGUUGCUGCUUGUUUCUCGAACUCUAUAACGGAGGAAUUUAAUGUUUGUGUUCUCGAUUUUCGUAUGUAA